UCAGUGCGACAGUUGUGAUCAGUUAGUGGGUACGUGUGAAGUGUUUCUGUGCUUUCCAUAUUAAUGACAUGAUUUUUACUGAUUGGAAUAGUUUUUGGUCAUUUUAUUAAAAUAUAUGGUUUUAUGAACAUUUCUUGGAUAAUAUGGACAACGUAUCAGUAUCAAAGGGUGUCUUUGUACACAAAGGUGCUUAUAAGAUCGGGAAUAAACAAACAAAAUUUGAACCACCAGAUUAUUUAAAUGCAUCAUGGUAUCUUACUUAUAAAGAAACAUGGGAAAGCAUUCAAAAUGCUAUAGAGGCUAUAAGGUCCAAUAUGUUUCAACAAGCUUUAGAUGACUUACAAUCUUUUGUUUCCAAGGUUAAAGAUAAACCAAUAGAGGAAUUUCAGAAUGAGAUACAAACAGCUAUUCUAUUAACUGGAGUUAAUGUUUCUGAUCACAAGGUAAUGUUUCAAAGAGUAGUUUCUAAGCUAGAACCAAUAACAAAUCAUAUCGCUGUUAUAUGGGGUAGAGACUCGAAUAAUAUAAAGAAUCUCACAGAAGAAUCAAUUUAUCAGUUGAUGAAUAAUGAAAAGGAUGAUGAAGAUAUACAAAUUAAGAAAACUCACUGUCAUAUGAGGAAUCUAAAAUUAUGGCACCAAGAAAAUUGUGAUCGAAAUGAUCCUCUGGUUAUAAUGAUAACUGAUUUUGAAAGUUCUUCUCCUGCAGUACUGCAUGAUUUUAUUUUAAUACUGAGUUCAUAUGUCAAUUCAAUGAAAUUUAUUCUUAUUUUUGGUGUUGCAACUACUUUACAUGCCAUCCAUAGAUCUUUAACAUAUGAUGUUACAUCAAAAUUGAAUGUUCAAGUAUUCCAUAUGCAAAAACAAAUUAAUAUUUUGUCAGACGUGUUAGAAAAGACUGUUUUUUGUACAAAUAUCCCAUUUAAAUUGACUGGACGCGCGUUUCAAUUUUUAACGGAUAUCUUUUUGUUUUAUGAUUUUUCGGUAGAGAAUUUUUUACACAGUUACAAGAUAUGUAUGAUACAACAUUUUUACGCAAACAAUAUAAAUUCUCUUUGUUGUCAACCGCAAAAGAUAAAAAGCAGGAUUUCUUCUUUAACAGAUGAGGAUUGGGAGGAAAUUAAAAAAUUGCCUUCUAUAGAAAAAUAUAUUAGACAACUUACGAAUGAUAAAAACAAAGAUGAAUUGCUUAAUAAUAACAGGUUUAAGGAAAUGCUAAUGCAGCUCUUAAAUAAUUUCCACCAAUAUAUGCACCGAUUUUUGUUAGUACUCAAGUGCCUGCAUGAUCUCAUGUCGACAUUACCAAAUGCACCAAUGGGUAAACAGCUACGUGAAUAUUACACAAAAGCAGUUUAUAUGAGUGAUUUGAGAGAAUCUCAAGAGUACAAAGAAUGCCUGCAAUUGCUAAGUUUUUUAUCCAAGAAGGAAUUUCUUGAAAAAUUGAACUCUUUUACAACAAUUAUGGAAAGUUCGAAGGACUCAAUUAUGAAGAAAGUUAAAGUAGAUCUACAGGACCGUAUAAAAACAAUCGAGGAAGCUAGUUUAGAAGUAGCUUCGAAACCUGUCGAUAUCGUUUCUACCGGUGAAAAACUCAGUCGACUUCAAUUGAAAGAGAAAUUAUUGAAAAUGUCUCAAACACAAUCUCGAUCGCCCUAUAAGAUAGCUCAACAGGAUUUGAUCGAUUAUUUAGAUCAAAAAGUGUUUUCUGUAUACCUUAUCAAUCCUCAUUACGUACCUGGGAACGAGAUAUUUUGCUUCAAUGAUGGCAAUUUAGCGAAACAACAUGUUCGUGGAUCUUUGAGAGCAGCGAUACACACAGGAUUGAACGAUCCACAUGUGUACUUAAAUUGCGAGUGCUGCAAAUUGGAGAACGACGACGCCAUCCCAUCCACGCUGCCUGACCUCAGUAUAAUUUACAAGUUGCACUUAGAAUCCAGGAAGCUGAUCAAUAUGUACGACUGGUUACAGCGGGUUCACCCUUUGCCUGGACUUUUCGCGGUAAGCCCCGUGUCCUCUCGCCCUUAGGCAACCAUUCCAACAAACGCGUCCAGACCAAUUUACAAUGGAGUCGGUUCAACGACGCGUGCAGUAACCUGGCGAAUAAUGCAUCCGUGCCACGCUCGAGAUGUGCAUCGCGUCGCAACGUCGGAGACGACAUUGAACCGCAAAUGGUGCGCAACCCUCAACAAAUUCAACGGGAAUGGUAUCGUUCGUGUAAUAUCCCGAAUUUUUGUGUUUACCGAACUGAAAUAUAGCUACAAGGGAGAAGAAUUUUAAGUAUUUGCUCGGAUGUGGUCUGUUCGCAAACUACGCAGUCAUAUUUCGCAUUGAACCUGUUACGAGUCACAAAUGUUGACUCGUGAAAUCAAUUGAGGAAGCAUUGAAACAAUUCCACUAAUAAAAAUUUGAGAAACAAACUUGUAAGUAUAAAAUUGUGUAUACAAAAUGCUAUUUGUACAUUUAUUUGGACAUUUAUUAUGAAAAGCUUUCAUAAAUAUAUUACGUGGGUUCUAUAAAAUAUUUUUUGAAAUUUAAUUAGUACCGUAAUGAGACACGAGUGUCAUAAUUAUGUUGGUAAAGUUAGAAACAAAAAUGAGGUGCACAAGAUAUGUAUUUCAAACAUACACAAAUAUUGAUCUGUACUUACUUGAUAUUUUUUGAAUAGUACAUUAUACACAUGUAAAUAUAUGUAAUUUGAAUCAUUAUAUGGAAGCAUUUUAUAAAAUAGUAUUUUCAAAUUACCAUACUUAGCAGGAGC